ACAACGGUGGUGUUUUACAAGGAGAAAUAGGUGGUUAUGAUAGUAGUGAGACUGCGACGGAACAGAAGAGGCACACUGUAAUCAGUGCAGACUGAAAGCAAGGCUCUUCUCUUCUUUGCUCUCUAUGUUUUUGGGGACUCAGUAUACCACUGCCUGUGUCUCCAAGCCCAGAAGAGGAUGUCUGUGUCAGGGAAGAAGGAGUUUGAUGUGAAACAGAUCCUCAGGCUCCGCUGGCGCUGGUUUAGCCAUUCAUCCCAAGGUUCUGCUGGUGGUGGUGGUGGAGGUGGCAGUGUGGGAGGCUACAUCCAGCAGGAUGGCCUGGACCACAGAGGAACACCUGUCCAGGGACGGCUGAAGAGCCACUCGCGAGAAAGGGGCAUCGGAGGAUUACGGAAGACCAACAGCCCCGCACACAGCGUCAUGUCGCAAACGCCGGGGCCAACACCUGUCUGCGUCAGGACAGGUCAUCAAUCAUGGCAUCUUCAGCCAAACACCAUCCAGGGCCUUCAGGUCAACGAGGAGUCUCCAAAAAACAUUUCCUCUCCCAGCGCUAUGAGGAAAGAGGAAACAAAGUCUGGCCAGGAGGAUAUGAUAAGCAGCACAGAGGAACCUGCAGAGGUGGAAGCCAGAGACAGGUUGGUUUUAAGCAAUUUGUCCAGAAUGAACACCAACUCCUCCGAUGAAUUUUUUCAGGCCGCAAAUCAUGCAGAGCAGACGUUCCGUAAAAUGGAGACCUACCUCCAGCACAAGCAGCUGUGUGACGUACUGCUGAUAGCAGGGGAUCACAAGAUACCAGCUCAUAGACUUGUCUUAAGUGCGGUUUCCGACUACUUUGCUGCUAUGUUUACCAGCGAUGUGAGAGAGGCAAAGCAAGAGGAGAUAAAGAUGGAGGGAGUGGAUCCUGAGGCCCUCAGAUCCCUGGUUCAUUUCGCCUACACUGGUGUCCUUGAGCUGAAAGAGGAGACCAUUGAGAGUUUAUUGGCGGCAGCAUGCCUCCUCCAGCUUUCACAAGUCAUCCAGGUUUGCUGCAGCUUCCUCAUGAAGCAGCUUCAUCCUUCCAACUGCCUUGGAAUAAGAUCCUUUGCGGACGCCCAGGGCUGUGUGGACCUGCUGAACGUGGCUCAUAACUACACCAUGGAGCACUUCCUGGAGGUCAUUCAGAACCAGGAGUUCCUGCUGCUCCCCACGGCUGAGAUUGUUAAGCUGCUCUCCAGUGAUGACAUCAACGUUCCAGAUGAAGAAACUAUUUUUCAGGCUUUGAUGAUGUGGGUGAGAUUUGAUGUCCAGCAUCGACAGCAGGACCUUGGGGUGCUGCUCGCUUACAUCCGCCUGCCUCUCCUUCCUCCACAGCUUCUUGCAGAUCUAGAAAACAACAAAAUGUUCUCUGAUGAUCUGGAAUGUCAAAAGCUGCUGAUGGAAGCCAUGAAAUACCAUCUGCUGCCUGAACGACGGCCCAUGUUUCAGAGCCCAAGAACAAAACCAAGAAAGUCCACUGUGGGUGCACUUUAUGCUGUGGGAGGAAUGGACGCUACCAAAGGCUCCACUACCAUUGAGAAGUACGAUUUGCGGACAAACACCUGGGUCCAGGUUGGAGUCAUGAACGGACGCCGGCUACAGUUUGGUGUGGCGGUGAUCGACAACAAGCUCUACGUAGUCGGAGGGAGAGAUGGACUCAAGACAUCCAACAUGGUGGAAUGCUAUAAUCCUGUUAGCAAAGUUUGGUCAACUAUGCCGCCAAUGUCCACACACCGCCAUGGCCUUGGCAUUGCUGUACUUGAGGGUCCUAUGUAUGCAGUAGGAGGCCACGAUGGCUGGAGCUAUCUCAACACAGUGGAGCGCUGGGAUCCACAGGCCAGACAGUGGAACUAUGUGGCCAGCAUGUCGACUCCACGAAGCACCAUGGGAGUCACAGCACUCAAUGGAAAGCUGUUUGCAGUCGGUGGGCGAGAUGGCAGCUCGUGCUUGAGGUCCAUGGAGUGUUUUGAUCCACAUACCAACAAGUGGAGCAUGUGUGCACCAAUGUCCAAAAGGAGAGGAGGUGUGGGCGUAGCCACAUACAACAACUUCCUGUAUGCUGUGGGUGGACAUGACGCCCCCGCUUCCAACCACUGUUCCAGACUCUCAGACUGUGUUGAGAGAUAUGAUCCAAAGACGGACACAUGGACCACUGUGUCAUCUCUCAGCAUUCCCCGGGAUGCAGUGGGGGUUUGCUUGCUGGGUGACAGGCUCUAUGCAGUUGGUGGGUAUGACGGCCAGUCUUAUCUCAAAACUGUCGAGUCCUACGAUGCACAAAACAACGAGUGGACAGAGGAGGUCCCUCUUAACAUUGGAAGGGCAGGCGCCUGCGUGGUGGUGGUGAAGCUGCCAUGAGAAUUUUGUUUCGCAACAACACAGAGGGCUGAAAUGAAAGGACGGCAAACUGGUGUGGACAAACAAAGCAGAAGAUUGGGGACACAUCCUUUGAGGGACAAAUUAUCACAUUUUCUUCUUUAACUUGGCCAUCCAGAUCUUUCAUUGGGAAACGGAGGCAAAGCAUUGCCCACAAACCAUUGUUUCUGUCAUUAGUUGAUGCGUCUGCCCAGUGGGUAGGACUGGAAGGACUGGAAUGCACUGCACAUUCCCCACAUUCUCAACCGAUUAAGAACUUGGCCAAAAACAUAGUGAAUCCGUGCCAAGGAUUUGCUGUACUGCGUUCUAAAAGCUAACUUGAAUAUCCUCAAAAUGUUAUGUAACAUUUACACUUUGAAUUAAUUCUGCUACUUUACAAUUACACACAAGCAUUUCUUAUCAGUGCCAUCUCAGACGGUAUAUUUUUGGGGUUUAUAUGUCAUUUUCUAGCUACUACAACAACAAUUCUUACAGAGAUGUAAAUAUAAACCGGGUGUUUUAUUACAAGGGUGGUCUGAACUGAUUGUUACUCCUUGGCGAUGAAGACCACUGUGAUUAAAACUGAAGGUGAAGAGUUUAAAGUACAGGAAUGAAACAUAUUUUUUUUGCACUUGUAGCAAAAGAACACCAAAGUCAUUCACUUCUAUUAAAUGUCUUUUUGUGCAUUAAAUAAAGGUUUGCACAUUUGUGAAUCGAAGAAAAUAUAUCAUAUUGAUAUUUCAUGUUGCUGUACAGAUUUCUGUCAAUGUUCUGAAACUGCUUUUGUGUUUUUAGAAUCAUGCCUAAGCCAAUGCUGACUUUAUUGAUUAUUCAUUUAGCUUAGCUAUACAACUUGCAGAACAUAUUUUUACAUUUGCAGUGUUAAAAAAAACUUGACAUUAUUAGCCUGUUGACACUAAAAAACAAUCUGUAGCUAUAAUUAUAACAUGUUUUGGGGGCCAAAUGCUGCUUUUCAUGUUUUGGCAUAAUUUUGUACAGCAUGCAAGCCAAUAAAAUAACUUCAGUUUUUCUUGCA